AUGUUCACGUUCACAUUCGCUUUGUCAUCAUUCACCCCUGAUGUCGUCCACUCUCGCAGCAGCAUGCUGUCCGCUGCCGCUCGAGCGGCGUCGCGCCGUCAAACAAGCGGCGCCUGGUGCGCGACGUGCAGGUGGGCCUGCUCCGCCGGCAGCGACAGUGGCGCCCCCCGGGGGGACGAGCAGCCGUUUUCGUCGAUCCUAUACCGCGUCGACCAGCAGGUGGCGCACGUGACGCUGAAUCGUCCUGAGCGGCUGAACGCAAUCGACGAGCGCAUGCCGGCCGAGAUCGCGUCGGCCGCGGCGCGCGCCGCCGCCGACCCCCGCGUGCGCGCCGUCCUCCUCUCCGGCGCCGGCGGCAACUUCUGCGCUGGCUACGACCUGAAGGUGUACGCGGAGGCGGAGCGCGGGACCGUGCCCGGCAGCCAGCGCAUGCCGUGGGACCCGUACGUCGACUACGCGCUCAUGUCGCGCUGCACGGACGCGUUCAUGUCGCUGUGGCGCUGCCCGAAGCCCGUCGUCUGCAAGAUAGAGGGCGCCGCAAUCGGCGGCGGCAGCGACAUCGCGCUCUGCUGCGACGUGACCGUCAUGGCGGACGAUGCGCGCAUCGGGUACCCGCCGGCGCGCGUCUGGGGGUGCCCGACGACGGCGAUGUGGCUGUACCGGGUUGGACUCGAGCAGGCGAAGCGGCUGCUGCUCACCGGCGCCCUCUUGAGUGGAACGCAGGCGGCCGCCGUCGGUCUCGUCGGCGAGAGCGUGCCGCGCGCCGACGUAGAUGGCGCCGUCGGUCGCAUCCUCGAGCGCAUCGUCACCGUGCCGACCAAUCAGCUGUGGUUUCAGAAGCAGGUGAUCAACCACGCCGUCGAGCAGAUGGGCCUGCUGUCGACGCAGCGCAUGGCGACGAUUUUCGACGGCAUGUCGCGGCACACACCAGAGGGCGUCGCGUUCCAGGAGCGUGCUCACAAGGUCGGCUUCAAGCAGGCGGUCAGGGAACGAGACUCGGGGAGCGACUUCAUGGAGAAGUGGGGGCGCGAGUCAACCUAACGACCGUGUCGUGGCCAGUGCUGCCUCCUGUGGUCGCUACGAAUUUUUUUUAACUUGCUCCCAUUUUCUGCUGCUGCUACUACUAACACACUGUGAAAAUUGUCAUGUGGUGUGCACGGUUUAACUGAAAUUGGAUGUGAAAGCAGAAAUAUUACGGGUAUCGUUCAUGGUUUCAAUGACCCGGUUAUAUGAACGCGGCGUAAAUCGGGAGAAUAAACAUCGAAUGAAGUUUCACUUGGGGGUGACCUGCAACAUACCCACUGUGAACAGUUUACAUUCCAGCAGAACCACGAUUUCUCACAAGGACAUUGCUGCUUGCAGACCCACACACUGCGAGGCAAUUCCAAGAGAUAGAACUUGAUUGAGUAACGUUAAGAGAAAUAUACGAGUAAUGGAAAAUGUAUACAGUAAUAAAAUUGAACGUGAAAUUGAACGUCA